AUAUGAAAGUUGCAACUGUAUAUAUCAGGCGACCAGUACUGUUGACCAAAUGCACGUUGACUAGCUCGACUCCGAUGUCCGAUCCAUUCAUUCUAGAGUUGCUCUUUCAGAAAGUGCUUUCACAGUGUCAACUUUUGAGAUCUCUCUGACUAUAGCAAGACCUUGCUGAACUCUCUUUUUGUGAGAUGGCAGAUCAGAAUUGUAAUCAUGUUACAAGGAAGAUUGAAGAAAUGUUGAAAGAAGCAAAACCCCUUUUCACACGUGAAUGCUGCAUCUACAGAGUGCCCCGUCAAAUCCGCAAGUUAAAUGAAGAAGCAUACACUCCAAAGGUUGUUUCAAUUGGUGCUUUCCACCAUGGAGAUGAAAAUUUGCUAAAGAUGGAAGGCCAGAAAAGAAUAUACUGUGAAAAAUUCAUUGAAAGAUCCGAGAAAAACUUGGACAGGUUGGUGAGAUGUGUGCAGCAGUUGGAACCAAAAGUUCGAAGAUCUUACUCAGAUAACAUUAACCUUAAUGAGGAGGAUCAUGUCAUGGUGAUAGUGGUAGACUGUGGUUUCAUAAUUGAGCUUUUACUCAGGUAUCAUUUCAAUUGUUGGACAGAUGAUGAUGCUAUCUGUUUAUCACCAUGGUUGAGGAGUGAUAUAAGAUGGGAUUUGUUGUUACUUGAGAAUCAACUUCCUUUCUUUAUAUUGGAAAAAAUAUACAAUUUAGCCUUUUUUUCUAAACUGAAUAAUGGUGAUCAUGAUCAUCCUCCAUUUUUAUCCCUCACUCUUAAGUAUUUUGGCCAUAGUCCAAACUUUCCCUCUAAUGACAGCAUAGCUCAUUUCACAGAUCUAUCAAGAACCUUAAAAUUGAAUUCAUGUACUAGUCUACCUAUAAGGAAAGAAAACUCUUUACCUCGCCUUUAUAGUGCAACUGAGUUACAUGAAGCAGGAGUGUGCUUUAAAGUAAGUAAAACAAGUAAAGACUUAUUAGACUUAAGAUUUGAAGGUCAUACUCUUAGAAUUCCAGAGAUUAAAGUGGAUGAUACGACUGAAAUCUGGUUGAGGAACGUCGUAGCUUUCGAACAAUGCCACUAUCCUGAUCAGUCCUACAUCACUGACUACAUUGCAGUCCUUGAUUUACUUAUUAACACUGAAAAAGAUGUAGAUCUCUUGGUCAAAAGUGGGAUAAUCGUCAAUUGGUUAGGAGAUAGUAAUGCUGUGGCUGAAUUGUUCAAUGGUCUUUGGAAGAACGUUGCACAGUCAACUUUUAAUGAAAAUUAUCUUCGCACUUGUCAACAGUUGAAUGCUUUCCGUGGACAUCCAUGGAACCGUUUAAUGGCAACUUUGAGGCGCGACUACUUCAACACUCCAUGGAAGAUGGUAGCUUCCAUUGCUGGAAUUGCAUUGCUUCUUCUCACUAUUAUUCAAACAAUAUGUUCUGUCAUCCAAGUAGUUCAAGGUUCCUCCAAUUAGUGCAAGUGUUGCAGAGAUAUAUAGUUGAAUAAUGUUUGCAAUAAACAUCUUUCUGUAUUUUAAUUGUUAUUGUACUUUGUAUUUCUCGUUGUUAUUGUUACUGUUAUUCAGAUAAACAUGUUCUGUUCUCUAGCA